AUGAAGCUCUCCCUCGCCCUCGCACUGAACCUCGCCCUGCUGGCCACUGCAGCGCCUACCGCUCUGCACUCCAAACGCGCAGAUGGGCAGGAGGUGUCUCCCGAAGCGGAACUCGCCCAGAAGAUUGCAUACGGGUCACUGAAGAGCGCCGCCGAAAUGAUGAACAUCAACAGCAAAGAUACCAAUUCCGAAGACGCAGACUUCGGCAACAACAUGCCCGUAACCAUGACGCCCAACGACAUGGCCUCCUUCCCCGACGCUGACGGUUCGGGACCCAAGAAGCCCAAGGCUAAGAAGCCCAAGGCUAAGAAACCGAACAAGCCGACGCCUGUCCGUGGCGAAGACGACAAAGAAUUAGAAGACGAGGUAGACGAGAAAGUCUCGAAGCCUACCCCAUCCCCUUCAUCUUCUGCGAAGCCCAAGGCCUCCUCGACUGCAGCGAGCACUGACGACGAGGCUGAGGAAGAGGAACGCGGCCUGAAGAAGCAACCUGCGGCUGAGACGGCUGAGGAAGCGGAGGCUGAGCCGACCAAGGCGGCCGCGGAGAAGCCUGCGCCGAAGCCAAAGGAUGAUAACCCGCUUUCGAAGAUACCUUUGAUUGGGACCUUGGUGGGUGGUGGGGGUCCCUUGGGUGGCUUGUAA